AUGGUUUUACCAAAGAGAGAAAAACAAUCAAAACAGCCAUGGAUGACAACAGAAAUACUAAAUCUAAUGAAACAAAGACGGAAGUAUAAAAACAGAAACAGCAGUAAAGAGUACAUGGAAAUUCAUAAACUUAUCAAACAGGAAUGUGCUAAAGCCAAAGAAGAAUUGGUAAACAAUAAAUGUGAGGAAUUAGAAGAUCUGGCAAAUAAAAAUCAACAACUAUUAAUAAAAAAGAAAAUUUAUGCCAAAGUAUCUUGGAGUCAGUUUGGUUUCAGAAAGGAAAAAGGAACAAGGAAUGCAAUUUUUGUUAUAAGAAUACUAGCUGAAAGAUCAAUUGAAAUGCAGAAGAACUUAUAUGUAGCAUUUAUUGAUUAUGAGAAAGCUUUUGAAAGCUUUUGA